AAGAAAGGUGUCUGAAUACUGAUGAAUGAGCUACGAUGGAUAACAAAGACUCGGAAGCUGAGAUCCACCCACUGAAGACUGAGGACGUAAAAGCUCAAGAGAACCAUGAAAACUCUGUGGAGAGAAGAAUUGUCAGCAAGCAGUCAUCGCAACUGUCUCGGCUGUCCCGGUGGCGCACUGCCGCCUUCUUCAUCUCGUUAUUUCUGUGUCUGAUAAUUGUGUUUGCUUUCUCAUUUAUCAUUCCUUGCCCAGAGAGGCCAGUUUCAGAAAGAACAUGGUUCCGAAACUACGACAAUGCAGUGGCCUACCAGUUUCUCGCUAUAGAAGACGUGAAUGAAGACAAAGUGCAAGAUGUCGUCUUUGCUUUCAAAGCUGGCAACGGCAGCAGCACCUUCAACGGAUCCUGUUUGGAUGAAGGUCUGCCUUCUCCGUGUGCCUUCGUUGCUGCUGUGUCUGGCACAAACGGCAGAGCGCUCUGGGAGAGGCCUGUUGCUGAGGAGGUUGAGUGGCUGCAGUGUGGCAUCAAGCAGCUCGGGGGGGCCGAGGCCCCGGGUUGCCUGGUCGUGGGGAAGCCCGUGUCUCUUACGGCAGUUGACCCGCGGACAGGGGAGGUUCAGUGGAGACAGUCCAGUGACUUUGGAGCUAAUUAUACUGUGCUGACUCCCGUGUCAGUGAUUCCAGAUGUGGAUAGUGACGGAGUUCAGGACCUGAUACUCUUUAUUGCUACAGGAGAUAAGAUUAAGACCUUCAUCCAUUCAGGAAAAAAUGGCAAACAGAUUGGCUCGGCUGGAAGCCUGAACAUGGAUGGGAAAGCUCGUUAUAUCAGGCUGAACCUGGACUCCUCCUCCUACUUCCUUUUCUAUACAGAAAACUCUCUCUAUGCAUAUUCCCUGAAAGAUCUCUACAGUGCAGCAACUGGGAUGGAAAUUAAGCUUCCCAGCCUUGAGCAAGACCCUCAGUGGGAGAAGAACAUUGACCGCACCACACACCGCUUAUCCCUUCUCAGCUCUGGAGACAUUCGUUACCUGGCAAAAAUUCCUGGGCAGUCUCGGGAGAACAUCUUGGUUGUAAAGUCAGAGAUGGCUACGCUGAUCAAUGCACAAAAUCUUCAGACUUUGUGGACCCUCAAUGUGUCCCGUGUUGUGAGUGAGCCGCUGCUUGGUUACUACAAACCUGAUGUUCUUGGCAUUGUCCUUGAGAGUGAAAUUGGACCCAACAGAAAGAAGGUUAUGAUUGUUGAGAGUGGAUCUGGAGCAGUCCAGUGGGACCUGAAACUGAACUCAAGAGCGGAGAGCCCUGGGCCAGCCACGCUUUCUACUGCUGAUCACCGGUCCACCUUCCUCAUCUGGGGUGAAUACCAGGUGGCAGGAAACGAAACGAGCUCCAGAGCUCCUCUCCAGAAGCUGUAUCUUUUCCAUCCUUCCUACACUAAUGUCCUGUUGGAGCUCCGCAAUAGCACAGACCAAAUAAUUGCAUUCAAUGCCAUGCUGUUCGAGCGGAGCCGUCAUGCCUGCUACGUGCUGUUGAGGGGCCCUCAAGCCAGCGAGGAGCCAGGGUCGGUGUCUCUGAUGAAGCGUAAGCUGAAGGAGGAUGUCUCGGAGAGCAGGGUGAUCUGGCUGAGCCAGGUGGCUGUGGACAGCGAGCAGUACAUCCGGGACCGCCUCUACAGGAUGCGAUUCCACAGCCGAGUGUGAGCUUGCCGAGAGAGGGGGAGAAGCUGC